AUGGCCCCGUUAUCGUUGUCCGUCGCAGAAGCUGAAAAUGCAAUUGAGGAGAGUGAGGAAGAGUUGAGAGUAGUUCAAGAACAGCUCGAAGAUGCUGUAAGAGAUAAUAGAAUAGCUUAUACGGAACGACAAAGGGUACAGAAAACCUCAGACAAUCAUCUACAGCGAGAAGAAUACAUUGGGGAGCUCUCCGAAGCGGACACCGGCUUGAAGGAAACCAUGAAUCAGGUUGAUAGCCUCAUGGAUCAGGUAGAAGCACUCAAUGAAACCCCCCAGGAUGUGUAUUCUCGACGGAAACUCACGUUGGUUAGUCUCAUUUCAAUGCUUGACGAUUUGCAUGCGUCGUUGAGUCGUAGUGUUCAGCGAGUAUCUCAUGAAGAAGAUGCUAGAGCGCGGGAUGUGCUCAAGGCGAUACGCGAGCUUUCACGAGAGCGAGAGAGAGCAUUUCGAUACUGUUUCAGAAAAAAACGCCAAAUCGUGGGUGUAAUCAACAUGAAAAAACAAAGAACAAAGGAGCUUAAUCUGGAGUCUCAAAAAAAUAUAUCAGUGCUGCGCGCAAGUCAGGAGAUGUCAACGCUCAGUGUUGUUGAAAAAAUACAGACGGAGCGCAAAGCUCUUCAAAACGAACUUGAGAGCAUCAGAAAUGCCAAUCAACGGCUCUGGGAUGCACUUCGCGACACGAAGUACUCCUCCGAUACAGUUCAGAGUGGUGAACACAAGCGGGAGGCUGCCCUCUCAGCGAAUGAUGCAUUGCACGGAUAUGCUGCUGUGGACGACGAGAAGGAUUAUCUACGAGAACAGUUGAAACUGUUUGAUGCCAAGAAGAAGAAAUUGCGGAUGAUGACCGAGGAGUUGAGAGCGAGUAUGAAUGUAGACGCGGAGAAAAAUGCUCUGAAGCUCAAAGAUCUCAAACGUGAAGUUCAUUUUCAACAACAGGAAAGCCAUAGACUUGAGGGCGAAAACCAAAAGCUGAAGUCGUUGUGUGACUCGCUGGCAGCUGCGCUUUAG